AAGGCAGGGACUGGACUUAAACACCCAUUGUUUCAACAACCUAAAAAUGUCUCUGUCUGUCACUUAGAAAUAGUUUAUACGAUUAUUAUUGAGAAAAAUAACUAGAAUAUGUAUUGUCCACUUGAGGUCGUUGCAAUAUAAUCUUCUUGCCUUAUGUCGUCCCCCUUCUGAGCAACCCUUUGUUUGCUGCUGCACAACGGAGGGUGCGUCGGAUGGAAGAACGGAGAUUGUAGAAGUCAUAGCACAGUCUGAUUUAGAAGAUUUAUUGGAUGCAACAAAAAUAAAUAAACUGGACUAUAUAUGGGACUGAGAAACCAUGGCGAUCCGGAGCAGAUCGAGUGACUACAGUUGGCGUGUUUGUCUUUUACAUCUUCUGCUGAUCGUAGCGAAGCAGGCUGCGGCUGAUCUGAGAUACUCUGUUCCGGAGGAGGUGAAGGAGGGAACCGUCGUUGGAAAUAUUGCCAAGGAUCUUGGUCUGGAAAAGGCACAUUUAACUGAUCGACGUCUGCGUAUUGCUUCGGGAUCAGAGGAUACUUUUUUCAGUGUUAACAUGGAUAACGGGGCCUUACAGGUUCGUAGAAAGAUUGACAGAGAGGAGCUUUGUCACGGCGGUGGCGCAUGCUUAAUGGAGCUAAAGAUCAUAGUAGAAAACCCGCUGGAAAUGCACCAUGUUGUUGUUGAAAUUACAGAUGUAAAUGAUCAUUCCCCAUUUUUUACAAAAACGAAUCAACAUUUUGAAAUAGCUGAACAUACGUCUGUAGGAACACAAUUUGAGCUGCAAGCGGCCCGUGACCCCGAUGCUGGAGUGAAUUCAAUCCGCUCAUACAAAUUAUCAUCAAAUGAUUAUUUUGAUAUAGAUCUAAGUCAAAGCGAUGAAGACAAAAUACCAUUUUUAGUGCUGAGGAAACCUUUAGACCGUGAACAAAAUGAUAAACUUUUAUUAAUUGUUACAGCAGUAGAUGGAGGAAAACCUCCGAGAUCAGGGACACUUAAUGUUUCAGUCACUGUUCUUGAUAGUAACGACAACCGUCCGUCCUUUAGCCAGGAGGUUUACCAGGUAGAAAUGUUUGAAAACGCUCCAAUUGGAACCAUUGUUACAAAAGUAAAUGCAAGAGACCCAGAUGAAGGAAAUAAUGGAGAAAUUGAGUACAGCAUUGCCAACACUUUGGCACCUAAAAUAUACAAUUUAUUUGAAUUGGAAAGCUUAACGGGUGAAAUUAAAUUAAAAGCAGCUCUGGAUUUUGAGGAAUCAGAAAUUUACAGAAUUGAUAUAGUAGCAUCAGACAAGGGGAUCCCUCCCUUAAGAGGAAGGUGUAGAGUGGUUGUAAAAAUAAAAGAUGUAAACGAUAACUCACCAAAGAUAGAUGUCACGUCUUUGUCAAAUACAAUAUCAGAAGAUUCAAAACCCGGAACAGUGAUUUCUCUCAUCAGUGUAACAGAUAAAGACUCAGAUGUUAAUGGAAAGAUUAUUUCACGCAUACUAAAUGAUGCACCUUUUGAAUUAAAGCCAUCCUAUAAGGAAAACAUAUAUUCACUUGUUACAAAAGAGCAUUUGGAUCGAGAGAAGGUGUCCCAUUAUGAAAUAUUAAUACAAGCCACUGAUUGUGGUGAUCCAGCCUUAUCUACAGUGAAAACACUCAGUAUUCAGAUCUCUGAUGUGAAUGACAACAGUCCUCGUUUUGAGAAAAGUGAGUUACAGUUUUAUUUAUCAGAAAAUAAUGCUGCUGGUACAUCUAUAUUUUCUGUCACUGCGACAGAUAUUGACAUGAAUGACAACGCAGCAAUUUCUUAUAAUAUUGUGAGAGAAGGAAGUAAAAAUGAUGUAACAGCAUUCUUAAAUAUAAACUCAGAAAAUGGACAGAUAUCUGCCCUAAAAAGUUUUGACUUUGAAACCCUGAAAACUUUCCGGUUCCAAGUUGUGGCCUCAGAUUCUGGGACUCCGUCCCUGAGCAGCAACGUGACAGUGAACGUGUUCAUCCUGGACCAGAACGACAACGCUCCAGUCAUCCUGUAUCCAGUCAGCUCCAACGGUUCUGCUGAAGGUGUGGAGGAGAUUCCCCACAAUGUGAACGCAGGACACUUGGUGACCAAAGUCAGAGCCUAUGACGCUGAUAUAGGAUAUAACGGCUGGUUGCUGUUUUCCCUGCAGGAAGUCACUGACCACAGCCUCUUUGGUUUGGACCGCUACACAGGACAGAUCAGAACCCUUCGCUCAUUCACAGAGACAGACGAGGCUGAGCAUAAACUGGUCAUCCUGGUCAAAGACAACGGCAACGUUUCCCUCUCAGCAACAGCUACUGUGAUUGUCAAGCUGGUGGAGCCCAAAGAGGCUUUUGCAGCUUCUGAUGUUAAAAGUGCAGCAAAGGAUGAUGAGGAUAAUAAUGUGACUUUUUACCUGAUGAUCACUCUGGGCUCAGUUUCAGUUCUGUUCAUCAUCAGCAUCAUCGUGCUGAUAGCAAUGCAGUGCUCCAAAUCCCCAGACUAUACUUCUAAAUAUCUCCAAGAGACUAAUUAUGAUGGGACCCUGUGUCACAGCAUCCAGUACAGAUCUGGAGACAAACGGUACAUGUUGGUUGGACCCAGGAUGAGCAUAGGAUCUACUAUAGUACCUGGAAGUCAUGCAAACACACUAGUGCUCCCUGACAGGAGGAGGACGUCUGAGGAGGUAAGGCUAUGUUAAUGUCCUUUUGGACAGUUUUGCCUAUAUUUUUCUUGGAUGUGUGCUUUCAGUUAUAAUCAUUGCUGUAUCAUGAUUUUUCUUAGUUGGGUUUGA